CAUAGAGUGUAUCUCAGAGUUUCUGCGAUGCACUGUAAAGCAUAAUUAUUUCGCGAGUUGUUAGACGUCAAGUGAUUGGCGAAAAACUGUAAAGUUUUGUUCGCUCGUUCGUGAAGCAAAAAUGUCGUGGUUAACGGGAACAGUGAUUUCGAUUUUGCUGUGUCUGACUUUUCAACGUUCGCACGCGACUCUCCAUGAACCGACACCGACGUCCAUCAAUGAUCGAGCUCCUCGCUUGGAUUUGGAGAGCCUUGAAAGUGGAUAUCACGGUUUGGUAAAAGAGAAUGAGUCUCUGGUUGAAGUUACGCCACAGAUUCGGGCUUUGGGAGUCAAAAUAUGCUCGUUUCACAUCGCCAACAAGCAUCACGGCGAGGCACCCUUUGAAAUCCUACUGAAGGAAGAGGGCAUGGCAGAACUCAGGGCUCUUCGAGUCUUGAAUUGUGAGAAGAGACGGAACUACAAGUUUGAUAUUGCUGCUGUCGCUUGCAAUGGAGCGCAAUCGGAAAAUGCGACUGUGCACAUAACAGUCGUUGAUGUGAACGAGUACGCGCCCCAAUUUCUGCAACCAGCGUAUGUCAGUACGGUUGAUGAGGGUCGGCUGUAUGAAGAAGUGGUUCGCGUCGAGGCUUCGGACAGAGAUUGUACGCCAAAAUACGGAGAUGUUUGUAAGUACGAAAUCUUGACUGACGAUCAACCCUUCACCAUCGACAACGAGGGUGCGAUAAGGAACACCGAACCUCUGGACUAUGAGCGAUCUCACAACUACAUCCUGAGCGUAGUAGCUUAUGAUUGUGGAAUGAAGCAAUCGGCACCUGCAAUGGUGACUGUCAAAGUAAACAGGGUCUGCUCUCCAGGAUGGCGUGGCGUGCCUGAAAGAGUUGACUAUGCAGCUGGCGUUGGAUCUCAGCCUCUUCUCCCAUCAGCAAGAUUGGAACUUUGCGACGCUCCCUGCACUCUUCGUAGCCUCCGAACCACCCUGAGUCUCGCUACUGAUCAUAUCGGAAAAGGUUGCGACCGUGACACUUACGGAGUUCGCAGCCAGCGAAAACUCUGCGGAGCUUCUCGAGACAGUGUUGACCUUCUGCCAACUCCUGGACCCACCACUCCGUGGACAUCUACCUUGUCGAGAGACGAGGGAAGAGAAGCGGACGAGAUUUUCGAAUUUGAUGGUGCCAACUCUGCUGCUAUUGUACCCAAUGAUGUGUUGGAGCACUCGCUGGCUCAGAAAUUUACGAUUGGAGUUUGGGUAAAACACCGACCUAGGCCUAGACAGGAUCCUCAUGUGAAGGAACACAUUCUUUGUGCUGCUGAUGACCACAAAAUGAAUCGACACCACUACGCUCUCUUCAUCCGUAACUGCCGCCUGAUUCUCCUGCUGCGUCGGGACUUUUCCGAAGGCGAUCCGAACAUCUUCCGUCCUGCUGAGUGGCGUUGGAAGAUUGCUCAGGUAUGUGACGACAAGUGGCAUCACUUUGCGAUCCAAGUCGACUUCCCGAAAGUCACUCUCUUUGUCGACGGAGAAGAGUGGCACACGGACGAGAAGAACCCGGAAAUCAUCGACGACUGGCCUCUGCAUCCAGCUAAAGGAAUUAAUACAACUUUGGUAGUUGGCGCUUGUUGGCAAGGGUCUGAUAACAAAACAAAGCACAAUUUCCGCGGUUACCUAGCCGGUCUCUCUGUUCUUGUUGGUAGAAACGAGAAGCCCGAGGUGCUUUCUUGCCUUCGCCACUGCCAAGAAGGCAUCCACGUACCUCCCAUGGACCUCCUCCAACCCGGAACUCAACUCCUCACCAACUCUGACAUGACUGAGGUUAGAAUAGACGGCGACAAUCGUACUAACGUCGAAACUCUCCUUCGUCGUAUUGGAUACUCCAACACGCGUCGUUUCCCUACUCCAGGUCGUCGUAACUUCCGUCUUGAUACUGUGAUCAAAUGCGAGGGCAGCGAAACUCGACCCCUGGCUAUUCCUACCAUUCAAUCCUAUGUAACCGUCCUUCCACCUCCUCGCCCUGGUAUCACCGUUAACGGAACGGGAUACGUCGCUCGAGAGUACGCCGACUUCCGUCUGGGUGUUCGCGUCUUCCCCGACGCCAAGGUCACCGCCGGUUCCGCUGCUAGAUUAGACGCCUGUGCAGUUAGCGUCUACCCAAGUCUCAAUCCCGAUCACGAAAGUCUCGGCUUGCCAGGCGAUGCUCUUCGUAGGUUCCACUCCAUCGCAGCUCGUGUCGAUCGUGACGGAGUCGUCCUCUCGGGAGCCGAUUCUCCCAGGAAUUAUCAACAGCUGAUCCGCCUCAUCAUGUACACGAAUCGCAAACCCGCCUACUACCUCGAUCGAGUUUUCAAACUCACUUGCUCGGAAUUGAGCGGCAGAUUCGCCAGCAACGAGUAUAUCCAAACCCUCGCUGUUAUCCAUCCCAAGGAGAAGACCACUCUCGUGCCCCAGUCGACUCCCAGUGAACCUCCAAUUGCCAGAAUUGUCGAGCCUGCACCAGGUCACGUACAGCUCUCGCGGCAUCAUGCUGACAUUUCUGAUGAGUAUUCGACAUCUCUCUUGCACGAGGGCAGGGUGGUUGGUUCAGGUGGAAGUCAUGCUGUGACUAUCGUUGCUGCAGCUUGCAUUGGAUUUUUGCUGCUGAUGGGCGUUGUAGGCGCCGCGAGGGUCAGAGGCGCCUCCAAGCGCAGACGUACUGCUGGUGAUGAACUCACAGCCGAGACCGAAAUGGCCUGGGACGAUUCAGGCCUUGCGAUUACAGUCAAUCCAAUGGACAAGUUGAAUGAGGGUGGUGGUCAGCAAGAUCAUAGAGAGGAAGACAUUGAUGAUUCGGCUAGUUCGGAUUCGGAGGAAGGUUCCUUCCGGGACGACGACCUCGACACUUCCGACUGCGAGAAUGACUGUGAGCUCAAUGCCGGACGACAUCGAGGACGUAAUGCGCCUCAUGACCUUGAGUGGGAUCACCGCGUCGUCUAAUGACGCAGGACCUACGAUCCCUUAUCAGUACGGAAUUAAUCAGAGUACUGACAUUGUUGUAGCGAGUUUUUUUAGUUUGUGGUCUCACACGAUGACACUCUUAAUUCUCCUUCGACAUGAGUGAGGUGAGAUGGUGUACGUUCAAAAAUGCCUUCUGUUGUUUUACAAUUUUGCAUUAGAUUCAGGAGACAACCGAUAAUGUAUUCUUCUUCCGUUAUGCUUCUACUGGUUGAGUGCCUCAAGAUGAAAAAUAUCUGCUGCAUCAAUGCAAGAAUAGUUACCUCUUGAGUUUAAAUUACUUCUACUUCAAACUAAACGAGCUACUAAAUUUUACUUUUCCCUUUUAUGGACUAGCGCAAACUUUUAAAAGAUUGAACCUCUUUGAAUUUUAAACACCUACCUAAGAAGAGGACUAUUUUUAAAACAACCUGGCUAGAAAAGCAAAGCGGGGAAAGAAGACUUGAAACUUGUUUUGAAGAAUCGGCAACCUGAAUUGCAUUUGUAUAAUACACAACUUUCAAGAAAAAAAAAACUUGCAGACUUUUUGAAAGGAUUCUGGAGGUAACUUUUUCCUGCUUUUGAAAUCCUAUGAUGUGGAUUUAUUGCAUGAAUUGCAACUGUCCGAAUCUCCUCAACAGUUCCCGACACAAAAAAUAAUAACGUUUCAUAUGAGUGGAUAAAAAAGAAAAUAGAGAAAUUUUGCAGGAAAUCCAGAGCGCAUUUUCAAAUUCAUUCGGUCGAGUCGUACAUUGUCGAGGCAUUUCUGUAACCAGACAUCUUUCACGAUUAAUCUGUAAAGUGUUUGAGAAAUUGUGUUCUUAGCGGUAGGUGAAAGUGUCAUAUUGUAUCCGUCCCCGUAGAUUUGCAUUUGUAGAAAGAUAAGCGGUUAGUACUCUGCUUAAAGGCCGGUGAAGAAUUUUUAAGAGUGCAGGACGCUUUAUCUAAUAGUUAACUCUUUCUACCUGCCGUACAUUGUUCCAGCGCAGCGGUAGUGCAACUGGCAGUAUACAUACAUAUAUACAAGCGCGAACGACUCUCGUACUCGACGGGAUGUCACCUAUAUAUUUACAAUACUUAAUUUAUAUUCUUGAUCGGUAUUGAUUAUUAUUAUUAUUAUUAUUAAUAUUAUUAUAUAAUUACAAUUAAAAAGAUGUUUUUAAUUAUAAUUACGAUUACAGUAGUUGGGAAGGGAACUUUUUAUACUCCCAAGUAUUGCCAUUAUUUUUUAAACGCUCCUAAUAUGCAGAAAAAGAAGAAAAGAUAUACUAUUGCUACUACUGAGAGCUAGUUGUAUGUCAACUGCUGUUAGAAUUUAAUGUUAUUGUCGAUAAGAAUAGGGAGACAGCCCCGAUAGCAAUCUAUUUAAUAUGCGAUGCAAGGAGCAUCACGAGCAGCCGCACUAUUUUAAUUAUCGAGAGACCUGUACCAAUUGAUCUCACGGAUUUACCCUCGCAAGAUGAACGCUGUAUUUGUGAACACAAUUUUGUACGCCUCGGGGGCGUAAGGCAAUUUUUAAAGAGACUAUGUUUUUACAAAUUGGAUGGUGUGUAUUAUGUCAGAAUAGAUCUCGGUUUAACGAAAGCCUAUCGGUCUCUGAUUUUAUCAAAUGCCCACUGACAUUUUACAAAACCGGAGACUUAAGCUGAAUUCAAAACUGAUUGCAAUACCGUUUUGGUGAAAUUGAGAUGCAAUAAAUUAUGUUAAUUAGUGAUUUAUAGAGUGAUUUUUACGUGUUAUUAAUUUGAAUGUAGCCAUCGUUUUCCAUUACUGAUAUAAUACGCUGCCCAUUCUAUAUAUUGCUGAAUGUUCCGUUAUUGGAAGUGUGCAAUUGUUUUGUUAGGUCCAAACUACUCAAGCUUCGCGCUUCUACAAACAUUCGCACAUUAUUUGCGAAACUGAAUUUGAAGUUUUAAUUUUAUAUAAAUAUAUACAGAAAGUAUAUAUAGAUAAAAAUCUCGCUUUAGAUUAACUCCACUGACUUUAUUGGAAAGUCACUGACGUUUAAUCAUUAGGGUGAAUUGAGAAAAUUCUGUUUUAUUCUUUUGUACAAUUUUUGCGAUUGGUAAAGUAAUAUUGACAAUCUGUACUUUGUUGCUAUUUUUACAUACUUUUCGUUUGCAGAUGCUGAAACAUUUUAAUAUUCUAAAAAGAAAUGUUUAAAUAUACAGUUUUAAUACUGAAAAAGAAUGAAAAGGGGUUUUUGUGAUCCACUCUAUUAAUCACUUUGAAAUCAAUACGGACUGUACUUUAGCGAUAGGCAGUAUUUUGAAGCGCAAUAAUAAAUAAGGUCUAAAUUCAAGUUAAAAAUUUCUUUUGCAAUCUUACUUUUGAAAAAGUAUCAAACUCAAUUUCGGUGCUAAUUUAAUUUCAACUAUCAGUGAAUCAUCAAUACUGCCCAGUCCUAAAAAGUCGAAUGUAAUGCGUAUUUAGAAUCGUAACGAUCAAAUGUGUAGAACUAAAAAUUUGUGUAUGAAUAAUCUAUAUUCAUAAAAAGUAUAUGAUAAUUUAUUUUUCCAAUGUGCAUAUCAUAUCAUUUUUAUAAGAGAUUCGUCAGAUCUGAAGGUUUUACACCAGAGCUCGAAAUAGCAGUCUAUAGCGUUGAGGAGACAACUUGCCAUAAUUGCAUUUUCUUGUUUGCUUUUUCAUUAUUUUUCGUCCCCAUGUCUCCAAAAGUCAUGAUUAGAGGAACUAUCUUUUGAGUUUUUUUUUUCUUUAAAUCUGCCGAAAAUAUCGCUAAUUCUAUCUUUAGGAAUGGUUCUCAAACAACAAUGAGGGACAGAAUUAAUUUUUUAAAGUUUGUUAUCAAAAAUAAUUUUUUAAUAAAGUUUUGCAAUUGAAAUCACUCUAGCUCCAUAGCGUGCUGCGUCGACUAGAUGUAAGAAUAAGUUUAUAUGUAUUUAUAGAGGUGGUACAAUCGUCGAAGAAAUUCAGUCCAGAAACGUGUUUAUACUCACAAAGCCUAAAUUUUCUACUUUUUCUCAAUAGUCGCUCUUAUCCUCGGUUUCAUAUCGAUUCAGUUUUAAGAUAUUUGGUGAUUGUGUCUGUAAUUUUCAGGUAGUUGAGAGAAUUUCAAGUUUUUUUUUACAAAAGUUCUGAGCAAUAAUUCUAUACUACGUAAAAGGAGGUACUAAAAUGACGUACUAAAUUGGCGUAUGACAUAAAUCUAAAGGGAGGCACAGCUUUAUUUGAGAACAAGUGACGCUUUUAUAAGAAUCGAUUGAUCGGCUGAACUCUUUGAAAGUUUUGCAGACUAAACUCACUUUUAAUUCAUGGUUCGGAUUAUGAAUAAUCACCUCGAGUGUCUGUAGUCAACGACGUACUUAAUAAAUCAGCGCGGGCGAAACUGGGAAGAAAAUAGAAUGAAUAUUAGAGUUUCUCAGAAGAAUCUUCCAAGCGAAAUUCUAAAAGUUAACGAAACUUGUAUAAUAGUAUUUAAAACGUGUUUUUUAAAUUGACAGCAGGGAUUAAUUUGUUUCAAGACUGAUUUGACAUCUAUUUUUAGUGUUUAUGUUUAAGGAGAGCCACGUUUUUUUCUGAGAGACUCUGGAUCCGACAAUUUUAUUGUAAUGUGUCGAUUUGUAAGCAUCGUUUUUUCGAGCGUGUAAUGUGUUUUCGUGGAAAAUACUCCAAGUCAUAUCAAAUUCGAGUAAAAAUUAACUAUCUCUAAGGAGAGACCUUUUCACUGAGAAUAAUUAAUUGUGUGUGUACGUGAAUCACUGUUAAGAUGGUGUUAGCGAACUUAAGGUACUACUUGUUUGAAAUUGUGUGUAUAAUUAGGAAAAUCUCGAUUUUGCAAGAUUGAUGUAAAGGUUCCCAGUAUCGUGGAAGAAGGAGAGCUCGUUGCACGCUUCGAAAUGCAAUGGGUUAUUAAUGCUUGUCUCAGAACUGAAAAAGAGAAAAUUACAUACACACACACGCAUACGCAUACACAACUGACACGCGCGAUUGCAGAAGUAGACACGAAUGCACACCGCAAGUGACACUUAAGUAUGAUGAUAAACGCAUGAAUACUGAUAUUAUAUAUAAAAAAGUAUAUAUACAUUGACAUGUAUAUAUAUAUUAACGUUACAACAUAACCUAAUCACCUAUUACCGAUUAUGGGCUAGCUAGGCUGUACUGAAAUAUUAUUAUGAGCUGACUAAAAUUCCCUCCCAUUAUUACAUACCAAUGGAUUGUGUGUUAACUAAUAAGAAUUAAAUAUAAAGAUAAAAGAAUACAAUAUUUAAGGAAUUAAUUAUCAUGGGUAAAGAAAGAUGUACCGCUGUAUUGCUAACACGUUUUGAGUAUAUAUUACUGUAACAUCGUAUCGAACUAAGCAGGCAGAGUUUGUAAAACCUAAUUUACCUAACGCGACACCCUGAGAUUAUUCUCAGUGGCGUCGUCCGUGGCGCACAGAAAUGUCAAAUUACCUUUGUAAUGAAAGAAAAAACCCAAGAUUGUUCGACAACAGUGCAUUAGCAAUAGGAGCAAUAGUACUACGUGACACAUGCAUGCGCAAUGCGCAUAUACACACUGCACAUGCUAGGAAAAAUGAAGUAACUACCCGAACGACAUACAUAUUAUAAAUAAUAUUAAGACGUCAAGUGUAUUUGUUUAAUAAAGGUGUACAUUCGAAA